AUGAAUACUCUUCAUAAAGAUAGUUUACUCAAUCGUUUCUUAGAACAUAAUCAUGGGUUGAGUGUACUUUUUUGUGCCCUAUUGACUUUGUGUUGGACUCUUCCACCGCUUUUCAACAUUGGAAAUACAUAUAUCAGUGAAGGUCUUGGUUUUCAUUGUAGUCUUGAUUGGAAUAAUUCAGCUUUUCAUUCACGUAUCUUCAUUUUAUCUCUACUUAUUUGUAAUUAUUUCUUCAUACUCUUUUUUCUCAUCUAUACAAAUCUUCGAAUAUACUUUCGUAUUCGUACCUUAUUACAAAAUUAUAAAUUAUUUGAUUGUUCAUCUGUACCUACUAGUCUGUAUUGUUCUAUAAAUAAUACAACUCCAGCUUGUCGCUUAACCGAUAGUUUUGCUUUACGAACACAUCGACUAGAUACAAGCUUUGGGCAACGAUUGAAUCGUUUACAAUUAUUAAAGGUUGACCAACAUUAUGCACGCAUAACGGCAAUUAUGGUGACACAAUUUAUAAUUGCUUGGAGUCCUUACGCAUUCGUAUCAUUAUUAAAUAUUAAUGGAAGAUUUGAAUUCAUACGUCAACAACAGAUAUUAUCUUCAGUAUGCGCACUAUUAGCCAAACUCUCCAUUAUCCUCAAUCCACUUAUUUUUAUUUACACAAGUAAAAUGCGAUCAUAUCCAUUGAAGCAUGUGUAA